GACCGCGUGUCUGCUUAAAGCCCUCUCCAUCCCCUGCCCUCGCCCAGACCCUGCGAGGCCGCGCAGACGCCGCAGGACCGGUCUUCGGCAGCUCCUGCUCUGGGGAAGCGGAGACCAUGUCGGACGUGGAGGAGGCGGUGGACAAGUCCGAGGAGGAGCAGGAAGAACAGGAGGAGGAAGUGGAAGAAGAGGCUGGAGGCGGGACUGACGCUGAGGAGACCAACACUGAAGAAGGUGGAGAAGAGGAAGAUAAAGAGGCUGAAGAUGGCCCAGUGGAGGAGUACAAGCCCAAGCCCAGGCUGUUCAUGCCCAACCUGGUGCCGCCCAAGAUCCCCGACGGAGAGAGAGUGGACUUCGACGACAUCCACCGGAAGCGCAUGGAGAAGGACCUGAACGAGCUGCAGACGCUGAUUGAGGCGCAUUUCGAGAACCGCAAGAAGGAGGAGGAGGAGCUGGUCUCCCUCAAAGACAGGAUCGAGAAACGGCGGGCGGAACGGGCAGAGCAGCAGCGGAUCCGGACGGAGCGGGAGAAGGAGCGGCAGACCCGCCUGGCCGAGGAGCGGGCCCGCCGGGAGGAGGAGGAGAACCGGAGAAAGGCGGAAGACGAGGCCCGGAAGAAGAAGGCUCUGUCUAACAUGAUGCAUUUUGGAGGCUACAUCCAGAAGGCCCAGACGGAGCGUAAAAGUGGGAAGAGGCAGACGGAGAGGGAGAAGAAGAAGAAGAUUCUGGCCGAGAGGAGGAAGAUGCUGGCCAUCGAUCACCUGAACGAAGACCAGCUGAGGGAGAAGGCCAAGGAGCUGUGGCAGAGCAUCUACGACCUGGAAGCGGAGAAGUUCGACCUGCAGGAGAAGUUCAAGCAGCAGAAAUACGAGAUCAACGUUCUCCGCAACAGGAUCAAUGACAACCAGAAAGUCUCCAAGACCCGUGGGAAGGCCAAAGUCACCGGGCGCUGGAAGUAGAGCCUCAGCCUCCUCGGAGGCCGAGCCUCCUUCUCCCAGCAUCUGCUCCUCACUGUGUCCCCGCCCUGCACACCCCCGGCUCCCGGGGUCCUCCAGCACCAGAGGCCGACUCCCACCGCAGACCAGGAGCUGGCCCAGCUGGAAGCCGCACUCGUGCCCGACCGCGCCCCCACGCCCACCCUAGCCAGUAAUAAAGGCCACCACGCACC